ACACACACACACACACUUUUCUGAGAAGUGUCGGUCUGGUCUGACGGACAAGUUCAGACACACAAGUGAAGGUGUGGCAGCAGCAGCAGCAGUCAUGAGCAGGAGGCAUAUCUGUGCCAUUCAAAUGUCACGGGGGAGACCUUUAUGGCAUGUUUCUCUGUCUGCGCCUCUCCUCGUUCCUCGAGUGCUUUCAGUCAGUGUGUGAGCUGCAUAUGUUCGUGUUUUGGACGGAGGGAGGUCCGACUCUGAGACUGAGAGGAAAAAAACCUUGACACAGCGACAGGAGCGUCGGCUGGAUUUUUCUUUUUUUCUUUUCUUACCUUUUGCAGAUUUAAAAGAAAAUAUCACUUUAUUCACAUGUUGCUGAGAAGAUUUGCACUAACCCAACCAUCUGCCAUGAGGAAAGCUUAAUAAGCACUUUCUUUUCCUGCCCUUUUCCUUCACUUUUCACACUGCCACCAUGCGUAGAUUCAGCUCCGAGGGAAACCUCCUGGAUCUUGACUUCCUCCCGUGGAGGAAGGUGGCACUGAAGAAGUCAGACAACCAGAAGAACCGUGAAUCUGGCACCUACACGCCUCACGCGGAUGGAGAUGAGCUGAACGAUGGGUCGACUGGUCCCAUCAUCCAGGAGCCCAGAGCGAACCCUGACGGGGUGGGGAAGAAUGAGCUGAGCCGGGAGCACAGCAUCAGCGUGGAGAACCUGUACGAGAAGGGGAAACUGGACAAGACUCACCUCGGAGUGUGUCUCAUCAGUGAAACGUGCAGGGCUUACAGCGACAGCCAGCUGAGCCCGGGCGCAAAGGGCAGCACGGAGAACAUCGAGAGAGGCGACACUUCCCCAUCCACCAACCCCUCCAACUUCAAAUCUCAACACAGGCAGCAGAAACCCAAACUGUCAAGUGCUAAACUGAACCUCAGGAGUCUGUUUGGACAGAGUCCUCAUUCCUCAAACUCCAACCUGUCCAACACCGAUCAAAAAGACAGUGCUACAGAGAGGAGGUCUCGUCUGCUCUUCAUGCGUCAGUGGAGUCAGGUGGGCCACAAUAGGAAGGGUAAAUUCAGCCGAGAAGAGCUCGACAAAUGGGCAGAGUCCCUGAACUCCCUGCUGGCCAGCCAAACCGGCGUCUCAGUGUUUGGAGCAUUCUUGCGCUCUGAGUUCAGCGAGGAGAAUCUGCAGUUUUAUCUGGCCUGCGAGCAGUACAGGCACUCGUCCAACAACUUCAGUCUGCAGAGGAGGGCGAAGGACAUCUGCGUCACCUACAUCCAACCAGGUGCCCCACGGGAGGUGAACCUGGACAGCAAGACUCGGGAUCUGACCAUCGAGCUGCUGCAGGCUCCCUCUCGCACAUCCCUGUCGCACGCACAGAAACGCAUCUUCUCGCUCCUGGACACAGACUGUUAUCCCCGCUUCCUCCAGUCCUACAUCUACCUCUCCUUACUCAGAGAGGCUGAGUAAGAAGCCUCGUGUCGGGAACACGCCUGGACUCAGGAGGAGGAACGGUGGCUCGCUGGUUUCCAGGACAUCCUAAAUAUUGUUGACCAUAAUGUUAAAUGUCCUCAAAAGAUAUGACGUUUGUUUAAAGGAAAUAUAUCUGGAGCAAAAUGUUGA